AUGCUAGAUAAUUGGGAAGGAUGGCAAAUUCUUGUCAUUUUCCUCCUACCCCUCAUCUUUCUCUUCCGACGAUCAAUAAAGAUACUAUACUUUGAUACUUAUCAGUUAAUUCUAAAACAAAGAGUGGAAUUCAAAGACAGAUACGAUGGUGAUAUCAAGUAUGUAGGUGGCAUUGACAUCUCCUUCAUCAAGAACGACAAUAUCAACGCGUGCAUCUCUCUAGCCGUCCUCGAUUUGGAUACCCUAGAAACAGUUUUCAGUCGCAACGAAAUGAUAAAAAUGACAUGUGACUACAUUCCGGGGUACCUCGCAUUCCGUGAAACGCCCCACAUAGCCCAAAUCCUCAAAACAGUGAAAACCCAAUUCCCGGGAUUCUACCCAGAUGUGCUGAUAGUGGACGGUAACGGCCGGUUGCACAAGAAAGAGUUUGGGUUGGCAUGCCAAACGGGGGUCACGUGUGAUAUACCAUGUAUUGGGGUCGCUAAAAACUUGUACCAAAUGGAGGGGUGCCUCAGAGAUGAUGACCACAAGAGUUCUAUCGACAAACUUAACUCCCCCGGGGAGAGAUUCGAGAUAAGGAAUGUGAAGAAUGUGGUGAUAGGGUGUGCUGUUAGAACAACAGCUGGCUCAACUAAACCUGUGUACGUGUCACAGGGACACAGAGUGUCACUGGAAACUGCAUGUCAUGUUGUGAUGAAGUGCUCCAGGUACAGGGUUCCUGAGCCGGUCAGGCUAGCGGAUAUCAUGUCUAGAGAUGUUCUGAGGCAGUUGCAAGUUAAUGGUUGA